CCAUUAUCAUCUUCAUUUUCACCUCCACUUCCUUGAAAUCCUCAAAAGAACCCCUCUGCUGAAAAGAUCCACAUGAUUAUUCUCUUUCUUUUACUGCGAUUUGAUGCAGUGAGGACUGUGCUUUUUACCCUGUGAACUUUUCUUGUGAAAGUCUCUUACCUUUAUUCGGCAUUGCACCGACACAACUAUUUCCGGGAAGUAUUCUUACUUCUUCAGUUCCAUUUCUUGUCCUACCAUAAAAUGUGGCUUCUUCAGGGAUAUAAGACAAAGGGGUUUUGUAAAUUUUCGAAAUUUAGAUCGAUGGGUCGGUGGGAUAUGGUUCACUAGUGCUAUUCGUGAGUGUAUCAGAAGAAAUUUAAGGUUUUUGGUUUCAAGUUUAUUUUGCAUUUUUUGGUGAGAAAUGAGUGAUAGAGGAGGAAUGGCUGCUUCAUCCUUAGCUGUAACAGAGAGGAAACCUCAGAGGACCGGCGGCUAUACCGGAAUUUUCUUUCAGUUGUUCGAUUGGAACCGUAGAUUCGCCAAGAAAAAGCUGUUUUCCAAGAAGCUACUUUCACCAGUUCGGUCGAAACAAGGCUCAAAGAAGUUUGGAGAAGACAAGAAGCAAGCAAAGCAUAGAUUGAUUGCUGAUGAGAACAGUGGGGGCUUUCCUAAUGUUAAAAACAACAUGGUUUGUGAGAAGAAGCCUGAUAUGAGAUCUCCCGGAUUGGUUGCUAGGCUCAUGGGGCUGGAAUCGAUGCCAGUAGUGCCACGGGAUAGGCCAAAGAAGGUGUCGUUGGAUGGAACCGUGAGUGGUAAAGGAGAGAAACUUGGUAAUGAUACAGACAAGUCUGGAGGGGAAGAGCAAAAGUUUGGAAAAAUGGGGGCGAAGCAAGAGUUUAGGCCUCGGAAGUUUGACAAUAUGGGAGUGAGUGAGAGACAGCCGGUUUCUAGAUUUGGAACUGAGGUAUUGCAAAUAAAGAGUAUGUUAUCGCAACCUAGGAAGAACCAAGCGAAGCUUGCUUCUCCCGUAGUGAUUCCUAGGAAUGUGUCAGCAAGAAACGCGUCUUGGUUGGUGGGCGCUGCAGCUAGGAUAUUGGAGCCCGGGCUGCAGAGGAGUAGGAUGAAAACUGCAUUAGCUUACACGAACACUUUGCAUCGACCUAAGCAAGAGGUAGUGUCGGAGGAGGCACCAGACGUUUCAGAUUGCUCUAUGUACUCUAUGGGCUAUUCCAACCCAGUGAAACAUUCUUGUAAAAAUUGCGGUAAUUCUCUUGACAUUAUUGACUAUAGAGCAGAUCUAGAAGAAGAACCAUCCACAAUUCAUUCACCUCUUUCAAAUUGCACCGAAACUUGUCAAGUUUCAAAAAGAAGUAUGCCGAGAGAACACAUAUUUUCCACUCAAGAAACUGAAUUCAAGAAGAAACCGACUAACGGAGGCCUAACACCAGGGCAUUUGACUAGCCAAGGGCGGAAGUUACCGAAUAAUGGCUCAUCUCUUGGUCUAAUGCACAACACUCAAAAACAAAUUGGAGAAAUGGAAAACUGGAGGAAUGGAGAAGGAAAACUGGAGAAAUGGAGAAAUGGAAAACUGGAAAUUGAAAAACAGAGAAAUGAAGUAAACGACCCCAUAGUUCCUCCAAGGUUGCAAUCAAGGAGUUUGCAGAGCAAAAGAGUACCCUCAACGGCUAAAGCCAUCAAUGAGACAACAAAUUUUGUUGCAAUGAACAAAAGCUUAAGUGGGCAGAUCCGAACGAUAGUGCCAACAAGAGCAGAUAUCUAUAAUUUUGAAACGGAGAGAAGAUUUCAUAAUAGAAGUGAUUCCUUGUCAGCAGUUCAAAAGAGAAGGUUAAUGAAUACUAGAGAAGAUGGAAGAUUUUCCUUGUUGAAAGAAUCUAGUGGUGGUUCCAAUUCAACGAGGCAAAAGGAAAUUGUACAUCCUACACGUCCUAUCAAUCGGUCUUGUACUGAAAGUAAAUUGGCACAUCCACAAGAACCUAGUGAAAUUUGCAGUAGACACAAACCCAGUGACAAUAAAUCUCCAGUAAAACAGAAGACUAAGAUGCAUGCAGAAGCUACAGGAAGGAUGACCAGAAAUAACUCGUGUUCUGAUAGUACUCCUGGAAAAUUGAUAAUGAAGGAAAGUAAUGAUAGUAAAUGCUCUCGUAAACCCUUUGCUUUGAGGGGAGACAGAUUGGGUGAAAUUCUGGAGCAGAAGCUGAAGGAACUGACUUGCCAUGAGGACGAGUUUGCUGCAGGAGUCACUACACCAAGAAAAACUACUGCUGUGAUUCUUCAGGAACUAAUUUCGGCAUUAACAGAAGAGACACAACUUCAUUGGGAUGAUUUUUCGGAUAAAUCUAACAGGGAAAGUGGUCUUAGUCAUCCUACAAACAUGUCACGUGAAAAUGCUUCCAGAAAAGUCCAGGCCAAAGAGAAGUCAGCCACAGAUUCACGUGAUAUUGAUCACUUCAGCCCGGGAACUGUUCUUGAAGAUCCAUUUUCUUCAAACGACAGUUGCUUCUCCAGCAGUCUCGAUGAAUGUUCAAGGGAUAAAUCGAUCGUUGAAUCUAUAGAUUUCUACCACGAUGAAUCACGUUCAUCAGAUCCCAAGGCAGAUCAUCUGGUCUCCGCAUCCCAUUCAACCACAGGGGUUGCUGACCUUGUUAACAAUAUUCCCGAAGUUCUACAAAAAAUCAAUCUUUCUCACGGGCAUUUGAAAGGCAGCAAGCUAAGCCAUGCAAAGGAGGUACUUUUGAACGCUGAACUAAUGCUUGGAAAUGCAGCUUGGUGCAAUCCUGCUAUAGAUAAAGGCUUUUCUGCAACACACUUUCUCAUUUAUGAACUCGAAACGCUGGAAAAUGCUAUAUGUAUGAGCUUCAACGCGUUUCUUGGUUUUGAGGAUGCCAAACAUGAGGACCGACUUAGAGUAUUUAUGUUCGAUUAUGUUCUGGAGUAUCUAGACUCAAAAUUUAGUCGAUACUCUGAAUCGGGUUUCAGAGCCUGGACGAAUCUACUGCCUUGUUUGAACACAGAGAUGCUGGUAUCUGAGAUACUCAAGGAGUUGAAAAUGUGGAUGGGAUUAGCUGGGUUGGUCCCUGAUGAACUAAUAGAAUGGGACAUGAGUCAUUGUUUGGGUAAAUGGACUGACUUUGAGAUAGAAUUAUAUGAGAAUGGUGUUGAAAUUGAUAGGGAUAUCCUCCAUAGUUUGGUAGAUGAAGUUGUAUUAGACCUUUGUCUUGCACUCUGAGCCAGCUUCAAGUGAUCCCUAUCCUUGUACAAAAUUUAAUUACUUUGAUUUGAUAUUUAUUUAAUUUAUUAACUUUAGUUGUUUUA